CCCGCGCAUUCGAACGGACCUCACCUGCGCGCCAUGUGUUCGAUCAAAUGCCGCCUCCUUCUCAGGGGGCUCUGCUGCCACCGCAGCCGCCACUUCUGCACGGCGGCGGCGAACUCUAGCCUCCCAUGGAGGAAUAAUGCAGAGGAUCUUCCACGGGGGGCGGGUCUGCCUCCGGCGCUGGGCGCCGGGGACGCUGCGAGAGCCCACGAGGCGGCGGUCAAGCGGCUCGCGGCGGCGGGUGACGUGGACGGCGUGCAGCUCGCGCUGCAGGAGAUGCGGCUCCGCGGGGUGCCCUGCACCGAGGGCGCCCUCGUCGCCGCCAUCGGCGCCUUCGCCCGUGCGGGGGCGCCCGACCGCGCGCUCAAGACGUUCUACCGCGCGGUCCACGACCUCGGCUGCGCGCGCCCCACCGCGCCGCGGCUCUACAACCACCUCAUCGACGCGUUGCUGCGGGAGAACAUGAUCGCGGCCGUCGUGCCGGUCUACGAGAACAUGAAACGAGACGGCGUCGAGCCCAACGUGUUCACCUACAACCUGCUGGUCAAGGCGCUGUGCCAGAACAACCGGGUCGGGGCCGCGCGCAGGAUGCUCGACGAAAUGGCCAGGAAGGGGUGUCCCCCGGACGAUGUGUCCCACGCCACCAUCGUAUCCGCGCUGUGCAAGCAUGGCAGGGUGGACGAGGCCAGAGAGGUGCUGGCUGUGGCGCCGCCAGUGUGCGCCUCAUACAAUGCCGUUGUUCUAGCUCUGUGCAGCGAAUUCAGGAUGCAGGACGUGUUUUUGAUUGUCGAGAAGAUGAUUCAGAGAGGAUUGCGGCCUAAUGUGAUCACUUACACAACUAUAGUUGACGCGUUCUGCAAGGCCAGGGAGCUGAGGAUGGCAUGCGCCGUUCUGGCUAGGAUGGUGGUCACCGGAUGCACUCCAAAUGUCCCAACAUUCACUGUGUUGGUGAAAGGUCUCUUCGAUAGUGGAUGUUUCCAUGAUGCACUACGCAUGUGGAAAUGGAUGGUGGCUGAAGGAUGGGCACCGUCAACGGUAUCUUACAAUGUUCUCAUCCGUGGCCUUUGCAGCAUUGGUGAUCUCAAGGGAGCAUUGUCUGUUCUCUAUGGCAUGGAGCAACAUGGCUGUUUUCCUGAUGUGAGGACCUACUCCACUCUUAUUGAUGGUUUCUCCAAAGCUGGGGACCUAGAUGGUGCCAUGUCAAUAUGGAAUGACAUGACAGGUGCUGGUUGCAAGCCAAAUGUUGUUGUUUACACGAACAUGGUGGAUGUGUUUUGCAAGAAGUUGAUGUUUGAUCAGGCUGAGAAUCUUAUUGAUAAGAUGCUACUUGAAAAUUGUCUUCCUAACACAGUGACUUUCAACACGUUGAUCAGAAACCUGUGCGACUGUGGAAGAGUCAGGAGAGCUCUAGGUGUGCUCCAUGAGAUGAGAAGGCAUGGAUGCCCGCCAAAUGAUUGGACCUAUAACGAUUUGCUUCAUGGUCUUUUUAGAGAGGGAAACCGUGAAGACGCUCUUCAAAUGGUGAUCGAGAUGAGAAACCAUGGCAUGGAGUUGAGUCUAGUAACAUACAACACUGUAGUAAGCGGUCUUUGUCAGAUGAAAAUGAGCAGAGAAGCUAUGCUGUUUCUGGGGAGAAUGAUAGUUCAAGGAAUCCAACCAGAUGCAUUUACCUUCAAUGCAAUGAUUCAUGCUUACUGCAAGGAAGGGAAAAUCAGGAUGGCUGCUUGGAUGUUAGGUGGGAUGAAUGCAGUGAACUGCCCUCGGAACAUAGUUGCAUACACUAUUCUGAUGGCAGAGCUUUGCAAUCAGCAUAGGAUGGAAGAUGCCACGGUGUAUCUACUAAAAAUGUUAUACGAAGGUAUACAUCCAAAUACAGCAACAUGGAAUGUGUUGGUCCGUGGAGCUUUUAGAAACCUUGGCUGCAUUGAACCAAUUGAUUUGCUCCAGCAUAUUACCACAGAAUUAUCGGCAGGGAUCUGAGGUUCACUAUUGCCAUUCUUUGAGAUGAGUUGAGGUUUUGAAGAUGUUCCUUGAGGUUUCAUUAGGAGGCAUCAGUCAAACUCGCAUAAUCUGCUUCACUUGUUCUAUCACUGUGUAGUAGAAUCAAUUACAGUGCACUGUGCAAAAUUCAAUGUUUCCUGAGAACUUUGAAAAUUUCAGUCAUGGAUAGUUAUUAUUUACCAUCGGCAUAUGUUCUCUGUUCAAGUCGUUAGCACUUGGUCUUACUGUCACGGGAGUACAAUGGGAUGAAUGCACGAGGGCGAAGAUUGUACUUGAAAGUGGUAGGGGGACACAGCCCUGGACCAUAACGGCAUGGCGGAGCUGUGAUGGCAGCUCGAUGGCACACCGUGAUGGCAGGGCAAUGACGAAGAGAUGGAUUACAAUCUUCUGCCUAACUAAACCACUCAGGGUCAGGGCUUAUAUGCUGCUGAGCCCAUGCACAAACUUAUUAUCCAAGCUAGCUAGCUAACAAAAUAGCUUAUCGCCUAAGCCUUCGCUAAACCUUCUGCUGCCGUGAUUUUCUUCUUGUUAUGCCGGCUGUAGAGGCCCCAGAUGACACUUACACUCUUACUAGUAAACUUUUGUACGAGAUGCUUUCCAAAAUAAGGUUACUAGUAGCUUCUGCACUCUCGUCAUGCUUAUUUACAUAGGGACAUGGAGACACAGACAAAAAUGUUUCUUGGACACAAUGGUUUCUUAGAAAAUUUUCCAUUAUCUAUAACUAUAAUGCAAAUUCAUAAGGGGUUAUAGUCUUUUAGAAACUGAUUUGGA